CUUGCGCACUUGUUCAUUCGGCAUCGAACUGCUUAUGCACACAUCAUCGUCUUCAUCAGAUCAGUAACGAUUCGACAUUCGACGAGUGAAGAACUACAGUCACACUAUCGCUCAACUAUCGACGAAGCACACAUUUCGAGUAGAACCGAAGAAUUUUUGCUUUUUUUCCACAACUCAAGAAAUGUUCUAAGUCCUCAGAACCAAGAAUAUACCAAAAGUACCAGCAGAAGCAGCAACAACAAAAAACAUAAACAUAUCUUCGUAUGUGCAAAGUGAAUUUCGAACAAUUUUUUUUUUAAAUCGAAAAAUAAACAGACCUUUUUGUGCAUUUUUUUUUUCUUACAAAAUAAACAUUUUGAAUACAAAGUAAGACAUUUUUUUGGUGAUUUCCGACAAAUUUUCGAAGUUUUUCCACAAUCAUCAUCAUCAAUCGUCUUGGUCUUCGACGCCAUACGAUUCUUUGAUUAAAACGUCAAAAGAGACACACACACACAAAAAUGCAACUGUUUGAUUUUCGUAAUUUGGGCGCUUCAAUGGAAACACAACCAGCCGAAGCAGCUGAAAUGAUUUCACAGCAAUUUUUGGAAGCGCAAAGUAAAUUGCACUUUGAACAGACGUUGGCUCGCCACAAAGCAUCGGCAGUGUCACAACCGAAAGCAAAACCUCAAUCGAAAAAGAUGCGCAACGGAUUCAUUCCAAACGAUAUUGGAAUCUCAUACAUUGACCCAUCGACCGGCAAAAAGCGAAUUCAAUGCAACGUAUGCUUCAAAACAUUCUGCGACAAAGGAGCCUUGAAGAUCCACUUCUCGGCCGUUCACUUGAAGGAAAUGCACAAAUGCACCGUUGAAGGAUGCGUCAUGAUGUUCAGUUCACGUCGUUCGCGCAAUCGUCACAGCGCAAAUCCGAAUCCAAAAUUGCACUCACCCUACUUGCGCCGCAAGAUUUCCGCAUAUGAUGGUCGCAGCUUGCGUGCAUCAGCAUACAAUGGUCCAAUGCUACCGCCAGAAUUCACACAAACCAUGCUCCCUGCUGUCAAUCCAAUAAUGGCUCUAUCGUUGAAUAUGUUGCGUCGCGAUCCAAAUUUCAAUGCAACGUCACCAAUGAACCAACCGAAUCCAUACAUAUGCUCAACCAUCUCAACAUCGUCGAUGAUGUCAAGCCCGAAAUCAUCAUCGCACAGCAGCACCGACGACGACAAAUUCUAUAUUAAAGCCAAUUCAAUGCGUGGCUCAUCGAUAACACCACCAUUAACGCCACCUAUUGACACAAUCACCGAACGACCAAUGUCCUAUUCAAAAUCGGUCAGCAUGAAGCGCAAGCGCAAGAGUGAGAAACCCAUUCGAUACGAAGCAUUGAGCAAUCACGACGAACCAUUGGAUUUGAUUAACAACGAACAUAAAGUCAAGCGCUUCCACGAAGAAGUACAAUCCGAUCUUCCGCUCGACUGCAGUCGAUCAGGAACCACAGCCACUUCAAACGAAAGCAUCCAUGACGAAGAAAACAUGGUGUUGGAUCUAUCAGUCAACAAAUCAAAGAGAAGCAAAAGCGAUAAUAAAGAAACUGGCCAUACCGAAUCAAUCUCACCCGCAUCACCGCCAAAGGUCGACGAUAAUAUGCAACGCAAACACGACAUCUCUAAUUGGAUUUUGAAUGCUGUACGACAAACACAGCUCAAUACAAUUUUGUACAGUCAAAUGAAAAUGCCACCAAGCAUCUCAGUCGGUUAAGCGAACGUACAAAACGCGAUUGACAAAACAAAAAUGAAGCCAUUUUAAAAUGUUAUUUAGAUUGAAUUUCUUUGUAUAGUUAAGCGUAUUAAUGUAGAGAAAUUGAUCAAAUAAAUUGUUUUUGAGUUGACUCGAAUUGCCAAAAUAGCUUACUCAUGAUAGCAUGAAAGAAGAAGAAAUCCUUUUUCAUUUCGAUAAGAAACGAUACUGAGAUGUGAUCGUUUCAUUUCAAAAGAAAAACACGUUGUUCUUAAAAGCUAUGAAUAUAUCUCUGUCUGUACAAAUUUUUAUUGAUUUAAUAUACACAUAGAUUAUAUAGAUCAUAAGUUUAUCAUCUCAAUAAACAAGACUUACACUACUUAACGGCAUAGUGAUAAUUUCACUUGAUCGAUUUUACUCCGUACUAUAUUUAGUGCAAUUCAAAUGCAAUGUUAAUAUACGAAAGCCGAUGUAUGAACGGUUCUGAUUUAAAAAGAAGAAAAGAGAAAACAACUAUGUGUAAUAAUAUACUUAAAAAAUCGAAUUGUAAUAUUUGAUGGACUAUUAAUAGUAACUGAUUAUGAUGGAAAUAAAAAUCGUACAUAUAAAAAAAA